CAGAAACAAGCACCUCAGCCACAACAGUGUGUUGAACCUGUGCAACACCCCCAGCCAACUCCUUCAGUGGCUUCUUCACCUAUUCCCCAUCUUAGGCCUCCACAGGCCUCCUUUCUUCCAAAACAGUUUGUGCGUGUCAUCAAGCCAGCAGACCAGGAGUGGAUUGCUCAGUCCCUUUACCAUCCUACCGGACAGCUUAAGCAACAAUUCUCCCAAAACUGGUUUUAUCCACCCAGUCUACCAAAGAUAAUUACUGCACCUCCAGAUCCAACAACCUACUUCAGGCAGAGGAUGUUUUUAUGGGCACCGAUGCGGAUGUGGGGAAUUUCUUUAAAGUGUCAUCAGUGCAAAACCAAAAUGCAUCACUCUGGAAUAUACACAAAGAUCAGAGAAGUUAUCGACCUGGACUCAAGGUAUUAUUUGAUUGGGGGAGACUAUCCCCGGUGCAGUAAAUGCAUGAUACCCGUUUGUCCAUGGAGCACUGAGGUGCUAAAUCAGUUAGAUCCUGCCCAUAGAAACAAGUUUCCAGCCAUUCUCACCACACAAUUGGCUCUUGACAAAAGGUGUGUGACUCUGCUGAAGCCACGGACUGUCGGAAACAGCUCCAGUUAUAUACAACAAGCACUAGAAGAGCUGCACAGUGAGGAGUGGGCAAAACGCACCAUCGAAUAUCUCUCUGACUGUGAGCUUCACAAGAAGAAGAGCGCCCUAACUCAGAGCCAAGAAGUGGUCUACCAGAAUCCACCAGAGUUUAUUCCCCUUCCUCUUGCACAGUGGUUUGAGACUGUGCAUGCAAAUGAAAUACUCUGCCACUUGUCCGAGAUGAAGGGUGUCAUAACCUCGACAUAUGGAAGGAUUCUAAAGCUCGACUCCACCAAAAAGAUCACCAAGAAACUAGCUGGUGGAAUUUCUGAGACCGCAACCUGGAUGACCAACAUCACCAAUGAGUAUGGGCAGGUCCUGAACUGUGUGCUGACCACAGGUGAAGGAGCAGGGUUGGAGGAACUGUGCCAGGGGAUUGUGAAGCGCUUCCAGAAUGCUAGGGAACCAGAGCCACAUAUCCUCUAUGUCGACAGAGACUGCUGUAGUGAAUCAGGUGUGCCUCCGGUGCUCGAGUGGUUUCGACCAUGGAACACUAAAGUGAGGCUUGACAUCUUUCACUACAUGAGACGAUUCACAACCGGUCUCACCACAGAACAUCAUCCUCUUUAUGGAACUUUCUGCUCCAAGUUGUCCUGCUGCAUUUUUGAAUGGGAUCAAGAUGAUGUCAACUGCCUUAAAGAAGCAAAGAGGUCAGAGCUCAAGAAAAAAUAUGCUGGUCAUCCUCCCACAGACGCCCAAGUUUUGGCCAACAUUAGCUCCAGUGAGCUUGCAAAACAUUGCAGAAGAAGGACAAGAGGGGUAGAAGAAACCCGGAACCUCAUCCAGGAAUUAUUAGACUCCAUGUGGGAACUGACUGACACCUCAGGUCUCCGCCUGAUCAACCCUGAGAGCAUGUCUCAUGUGUGUCAAGUGCAGCAGAAGCAUCUGCCAUGCAUCCAAGAUCCACCUGGUGUUGAACUGUACACCAA